AGAGCUGGAUGAAGAGCACUGGGGACAGCACUUCCCAGACUGUGCUGGCCAGCAGCAAUCCCCCAUUGACAUCCAGAGGAGGAAGGUGAGGUACAACCCGCUGCUGCAGCUGGAGCUGGGUGGCUACGAGGGGCCCUUGCAGGGCCAGCUCAGGAUGACCAACAACGGCCACUCCGUUCAGAUCGAUUUGCCACCCACCAUGAACAUCUCCAGAGGGCUCCCAGGUGUCUACACAGCUGUCCAGAUGCACCUGCACUGGGGCGGGCUGGACCUGGAGAGCAGCGGCUCGGAGCACACCAUCGACGGGAUGCGCUACUUCGCCGAGCUGCACAUUGUCCACUACGACUCUGCCAACUACUCCAGCUUUGAGGAAGCCAAGGACAAGCCCCAGGGGCUGGCUGUGCUGGCCUUCCUGUACACGGACGGGCACUUUGAGAACACCUACUACAGCGAGUUCAUUUCCAAACUGGCAAGGAUCAGGUUUGCAGGUCAGUCAACCACGCUCAGCUCUCUGGACAUCCAAGCCAUGCUGCCAGAAAACCUCUCCCACUUCUACAGGUACCAGGGCUCCCUGACCACCCCCCCAUGCUCCGAGAGCGUGAUCUGGACCAUCUUCCACUCCCCAAUUGUCCUGUCACACACUCAGGUGCAGCUCCUGGAGAACACCCUGCUGGACUGGCACAACCGCACCCUGCGCAACGACUACCGGCACGCGCAGCCGCUGCGGGGCCGCGUGGUGGAGGCCUCCUUCCGAGCCCAGCGGGGCCAGGCACAGUGUCAUCCAGAGGAACUCACCCUCAGGCUGGAUCAAAUCCAGAUGCAGCUCCAGGACAUGAAGACAGAGUUGCUGAAUGGACUGAGCCACACAGGUACAAAAUCCAGCACCUUUCCAGCUUUCUACUUCCCCGUGGAGAACAUUGAGAGCUUUGUGGAGGUCCAUCCCCUCCGUGCUGUGUCUCUGCAAGCCUUCACCCUGUGCUUCUGGAGCAGAGCCCAGCCCGUGGGCAGCCAGACCGUCCUGUCCUACUCCACUGGGGAGAGGGACCGUGAGCUGGCGGUGACCGUGGGCUCAGAGCUGGGGCUGUGGGUGGGAGGCCACUUCCUCAGCUUCCCCCUGCAGCAGGAGGCGCAGGGCUGGCUGCACCACUGCGUGACCUGGGCCUCCCCGGAGGGACGCGCCAGCCUCUGGCUCAACGGAGCGGCUGGCCAGGCCCAGAGCGUCCAGAAGGGCUACGUGAGCCGGGCCGGGGGCACGCUGCUCCUCGGCAAGGCCAGGGACGCUCUGCUUGGCACCUUCUCCAACGGGUUUGGGGGGUGGCUGAGCCGGGUGAACCUGUGGAGCCGGGUGCUCAGCGCCGCGGAGCUGCGGGCGCUGGCGCUGUGCAGGGCAGGGCAGCCCACGGGGGACGUCAUCGCCUGGGGACAAACCCCCAUGGCCCUCCUCGGGGGGGUGCUUCUGCAGCCCGACACCAGCUGCCAGUGAGCACAGCCUCUGCUCCCCUGACAGCAUCCAGGGAGUCCUGCUUGCUGGGAAAGCUGGGAAAAACUGGGGCUGCUUGCUUGUUUCUCCUCCUGCUUCGUACAGGCUCGCCAUGCACCUCCUGGUGCUCCAGGGUGUUUUUCCAAGAGACCAAAACCUCCAUCUGUGAGAUAGAACUGCAGAAUCUGGCACAAUCCAGCACCCUGGGUUGUUACAUCCCUCCCAGGGGGUUGAUUUAGAUCCCCAUACACAGAUUUUGUUUCAUGCCAAAGAGGUGCUCUCUGGUCAUAGGAGCUGCUUUCUCAAAUAAAAUUUCUCUCCUCUCCCUCA